CAUUGAGAUGCGGAAGAGAAUGUCUACAAAUACUAUAGCUAACGCAGCGGAUCAGCUUGCAAAUGAUGUGGAUCUUGCAGUGAUGCAGUGCGAUGAGGAACGUCUGGAGCGUAAGUCUUUGGUGCUAUGGCGGCGUCCAUUGAUGACCUUAAAAUAUGGCAUCCUGGAGGUGUUUAUGCUGUUGCUUAACCUUGGCGUGCGUCUGCUGGAUCGACGACUUAUGAUCUGUCUGCUGAUUUUGGUAUUUAUCCAUUAUUUGCCGGGGCCGCAUGUGGAAUACAUGCAGAUUUGUCGUCAGAAUCUGGGCUUCAUCUUCUACUGGCUGGGCUUGGGUCUGCUAUCUUCGAUGGGCUUUGGCACUGGGUUGCAUACUUUUCUGCUUUAUCUGGGACCGCACAUUGCUGCUGUCACAUUGGCUGCCUAUGAAUGCCAAUCACUGGACUUUCCGACGCCGCCCUAUCCGGAGCUAAAGAUUUGCCCCCAAGAACCCUAUGUAAGAAAAAUGCCAAAUAUGUGUGACAUCUUGUCCAAAGUACGAAUCGAAGCUACGCUGUGGGGCGUGGGCACCGCUCUGGGUGAGUUGCCGCCAUAUUUUAUGGCCCGGGCAGCUCGUCUCUCUGGUAAAAGAUUGGCUGAGAGGCAGCAAGUAAGUCAGCCGCAAAAUCGCAGCGACCCACUGAAUCUAUUUGAUAAAUGUAAAGAUCUGAUUGAGCGUGUGGUUCUCCGUGUCGGUUUCGUGGGUAUCCUCUUGUGCGCCAGCGUUCCAAAUCCACUCUUCGAUCUGGCCGGCGUUGCUUGUGGCCAUUUCCUGGUGCCAUUCUGGAAGUUUUUUGUUGCCACUCUAAUGGGCAAGGCGAUUGUCAAGACCAGCCUACAGCAAGUGCUCGUCAUUGUUGCCUUCAGUGAGGAUUUGGUUGCCUUCUUGGUGAAAUCACUGGGUAAAGUGCCUUUAGUCGGCUCACGAAUGCAGUCGCCCAUUGAAAAUCUGUUGACUUCGACCAAGCUGCGCAUGCAUCACAAAACUAAUGGUAAUGCAUCAUUCACCAGCCUCGGCCUGGUGUCGAACGCUUUUCAAAUCCUCUCCAUCGUCAUAAUGAUCUACUUUGGAAUCUCCAUGCUAAAUGUCUUAGCCCAAAGGCAUUGCAAGCGCUUGCAGCUGCAGGCAAGAGAUCAAAUAGUUCGGGAAACUGUGCAAGAAAAUUCAGAAUCAACAGAGAGUGAAGUCUUGAACGGAUUAAAAGAAAUGGUGGAAUGUCAACAGGAAACUAAGGUCUAAGGAUAAGAAUACCACUGACUGUUGCUCAUUAUGAAAGGCAUCGAUUGAGAGGAGAGAUGAUUAAUCAGUUGCGAGGGCUAUAAAUAAAUG